AAACAGGUUGAAUAAGAUUUUGAAGAUGUGGGCUCUCACCACAGCAGAGUCCCACCACAGGCCUUCCCACAGCCACCGUCGACCUCUGUUCACCACAUACUUCUAUUUCCCAUUUCCCUUUGUUUCAACAAAAAUCCAUUUGGAACUGCAAAGCUUUGUGGUCAGAAAACGAACAAGAAGAAGAAAAAGAAGGAACAAUGAUUAUGACGAUGAGGAGCAAAAGAUGAAGAAGACUACGGGCCAGAGCUUGUUAUGCCUCUCUCAUGGCAUGUCAUUCUGCCUUCUUUGCUCCUUCUCCGCCCUCUUCUUCAUUCCUCACCAAUCACAACAAUGACAGUCCUAGUCCCUUCAGGAUUCGUAAAUUGAGAUUCUUCCCACUCGCUUUGUCCUCCACUAACGCCGACUCCUCCAGAUCUUCGUACAACGGCCUCGUCUCAGAGGCAGUCAGGCUUCUGGGUCCGUCAGCAAGAUUCGAUGCUUCAAAGCUCAAAGUGGUGCUGGUAGGAAGGGAGAAUGGCUACUCGAGAAUCAUCCCUAGAACUUACAUUCUGUCUCACUGUGACUUCACUGCAAACUUAACAUUGACGAUUUCCAGUGUCAUCAACUUGGACCAGGUAGGCAGCUAAGUGGAUGGUAUAGCAAGGAUGAUGUGGUUGCUGAAUGGAAGAAAUUGGAAGGGCAGUUGUGCCUGCACAUUCACUGUUAUGUCAGCGGUCCAAAUCUCACAUUCGACCUUGCAGCUGAGCUUAGAUAUCACAUUUUCUCCAAAGAAAUGCCUCUGGUACUCCAAGCUUUGUUAUAUGGUGAUGCAGAGCUCUUUCAGGCGAAUCCGGAGCUAAAGGAUGCUUUAGUUUGGGUUUAUUUCCAUUCUAGCUCACCAAAGUACAAUAGAAUGGAAUGUUGGGGAUCCCUCAAGGAUGCUGCUCAGGGGAGACAGGGAGUUAAGUACAGAGGCCUUUUAGCCGAACACAAAGGCAGUCCGAGGAAACGCCCACGUGCAAGGUCCAUUUUCCAGACAUUGUUUGCAUUCUUGCUCUGAGCAGCUGCUGCACAGCCUGCACCGAAACUCAAAUUGCAGAUAUAUCACUCUAGAGAAUUGAUACUGUUAUCCCCUUUGUAUCAGAGUGCGACAAGCCUUGCGGCGGAAUAACGAUCUGAUCAUUCUUUUGUAAACCAAGUUCAUUUACUGUGAAAGCUAGAGAUGCCAAAAACAAAGGAGAAACACUUCGAGUAAACUUGUUCAUUUUGUUAACAAAUUGAUAACGUCUCGCUGUUGCUUUCUGGUGAUUACAAUUUACAAGAUAUAAACCCAGACUGAACUCUGCU